UCCUCCUCUUCCUGCUAACGUGAAGCUUUUUGCUUCUCAGGUUAAACCUUCACUUCUUGUGCGCGCUAAAUUUAAAGCUUAGGCAAUGCGUAAAAGCUAUUUGGCUUCCAGACAGUUUAAAAAAAAAAUAAUUCCAACCAGUGAACUUGUUUCACUUGUUUCACUGUUUCAGCAACUUAAAUAGCAUGAGACUUUCCAUGGCAGAUGCUGACAUACAACAGCUUUGGGUUUUCAUAUAAAGGCUAUCAGUUUGGAUUGGACUGAUGAAGUGACCACAUGUAUCCUGUGACAGGCGACUGAUGAAAGGAGGUCCGCAAUGAUGCAAACAGAGCAUUUGUGGUUGCUGUGCAGUUUGUGGCAGGUGGUUUUGCUGACCUGUGACCAGCGUUCACAUCCUUUUGAGGUUGAAGUUGGAUUUGGUUCCUUUCCCUCUAACCCAGAGGCAGACAGCUACACAGCCACCUGCAGACCUGCAAGUAACCCGCUGAUCUUUUCAAAGCGCAUUGACCGCUCAACAUGCUCUCCUGACUGCAGGAUACGAUUGCAUAUGAGUGAGGACCAUAGGGGGUAUAGUAUCAUACUGAGAGCAAGCAGGAAUAAUUCAGUGCUCGAGACAAAGACCUUUCACUUUAUUCCAGUGUCCCUUUCCUCCUUUAACGUAUCCAGCACUACCACUACUGCCCACCUGAAAUGGGAACUACUUCACAGGCAGCAGAGCAUAUCCCAUUUGACUCUAUACAACAUGCACACACAGUCUGUCACUGGCAUCUACAACAUAAGCUCCUCAGGGAUCCAGUCCAGGUUCACAAUGAAAAACCUCCAGCCUGGCACACGUUACAUGGUUGAAGUCAUGGUGGCAACUUUCCUCACUCAACCUGGCAUCACACUGAUGCAAAAACUCAGAAUGUUUCUGGAAUCAGAUCAGUGUCCACGUGGCUGGUUGGCCAAUGGGAGAAGCUGCUACACUGUGAGGAGAUCAGGUUUGAGUUGGGGUGAUGCGAUGAGCAGCUGCAAACAGCUGGUGGGUGGAAGCCACUUGGCUGACAUGAAGACUCUGGAAGAGCUGCUCUUUGUAUCUUCUUACCUCCAGAGCGACGACAACCUGCUGCUGCUGUGGACAGGGCUUAAUGACCAACAGGAGGAAGGCCACCCACUUUGGUCUGAUGGCUCUCCGUAUAAUCAAACAAACGCUAGGAUGACUCUACUGCCAGCCAGCCAGACGGACUGUUUUGCCUUUCAGAGGAAUGCUACAGGACCAGGAUACUUUCUGACUCCAUUCUUCUGUGACAUCCCUCUACCAUUCAUCUGCCAAUACCAAACUCCUUCAACCCCUGUGCCAUUUUCAUUCAAACUGGCUCAGGUGACAGACCAGCAGGUAGAGCUUCGCUGGAGUGAUCUUUCGCCCCUCAGCUCUUCUCAUUUUUCAUCCUUUGAGAUAUUCUUGCAGUACAGAGAAAGUGAAAAUGCCCUUUCAGGUCAUGGCAAAGAAGACGAAUGCAAGGAGUCAGAGGAGGAAAAUAGAAGGACGAGCCAACCAAGAUUCACAAAAACAUUCAGAGUCCCAAUUUUUCUCUCCUCCAGAGGGGUAACUGUGACAGAUUUAUCCCCGGGGAGCAUUUACUUUUUCACCCUUCAAGUCUCCCACCAUUCUGGCUCCAGCUGGAACUUGGGACAAACACAGACUGCAUACAUGAGACCACUUCCUCCUCAAAACAUCACUGUUGGUUCCACAACAUCAAGUCAGAUUACUGUACACUGGAUGCUGCCAGAUACUCAGUGUGCAGCUGGGUGGACAUUUUCUGUACACUGUGAAGAUGUGUCCUUGAGACAGGAGAGAGUAGUUGGCAACAUUUCCAGGGUGUUUGGGACCAACAGGAAGUGGUUCUACACCGCCAUGAUUGGAGGAUUGAAGUCCUACACUAGAUACAAAUUUGAAGUCUUCACAAUCGCACAAUUUGGAAUAUGGAGCUGUGGACAAGCACCUCUGUCUGUUCAAACUGCGGUAAAGCCUCCUGCUGAUCUGGAUAUGAUUAGUGUGAAUGACAGCCUGUCAGUCUGCUGGAUAGUUCCACCUAGUGAUCCUCCAGAUGCCUAUUAUGUGACAACCCAAUCAUUUAAUAGUCCAACCGCUUCUUCGUUGAGGAUAAACGACUCCAGCUUUGGUGGACUCAGGAAAGAUGAAUUUAUUUGCGUGAACUUGGGCACAUUUACUCCUGGUCACACAUAUGAAGUAGCGGUUGUUGCAAUGAGGGGAAAUGACAGGAGUGAGAGGUCCACUAUUAUCCACACCACAGCUCCAAUGCCUGUGCAAGUGGCAGUCCCAUUUUCUGUGGGCACAAACUACACACAGCUGUAUGUUCAGCCUCCACGGGUGGGUAUGAUUGAUGGGGUCAAAGUGUGCGCAUGUCUAGGAGUUUGCAACAGGACAUGUAAAGGAUUGUGUGAAUACACUUGUGACUGGCAUUCCCUUCCUGCUGGCAUUUAUAUUGCAACCAUCAGCCUUACUCCGGGAUCACAGUACCAGCUCAGUGUGUACAGUACCAUUAAAGGGAGGGUGGGACCACCAUUCUACACUCAUCCUAUAAGAACAAGUCUGGCUCCACCCAGCAGAGUGAGGGAAGGAGUGGUGACGGACUCAUCCAUACAGCUGCUUUGGGAUCCAACAUCAGGACAGGGUCAGGGCUACGAGGUCGUCUGCUUCAACUGUGGUCACGCACUCAAGGUGCAGAAGGUGUUCAGUCAGAGUGCAGUGUUUUCUAUUCUGACUCCAGGCUCACUCUAUCACUUUGCUGUAUGGACAGAGAAGGAGUCCUUCACUGACAGUUCACCUGUCUCAAUCAAUAUCACUGCAGCUCCUGACCAAGUAGAGGUUUCACUCGUCAAUAAAACAACAUCAUCCAUAUGCAUUAGAUGGAGCGCAGCCAGAGGACUGGUGAGCUCAUUCAUUCUGUCUAUCAAAAACACAACAUCCAUUCAGGAGCUGAUCGUUUCUCAUCAGGAACGCAGGCAAGUCGCUUCUCAUUCUGUCACCAUCCAAAUUAAUAUGAACCCAGAGUUAUUUUUGCUGACUGAAACCUGUUCCUGA